CGCCGAGAACCAUGUAUGUCUACUUUGUCGGUGCGGAAACGGACCCAGGUACUGGGGCGCGGCCUCAUUUAAAUCUGCCGCAACAGGGCAUGCGCUUCUUUUUGUACCCAUUACUUCUUUGUCCAUGAAGCAAAUCUACACCCACACCCAGCUACUUGCGCUAAGGCACGAGUGCCAGGAGGAAGCGGCCCGAAUGUUUUUUGCCGCCUGUAGAGCGCAAUUGGUUUAUCUGGAUUUGCACUCGGAUAUCACUUACCGGAGCCACUCGCCAGGGCUCUACACCAGCCCUCAUUCCAGGGUGUCUGUGCGCUACACUCUGCGCCCAGCACCCAAAAGUGACCUUUGCCGGGCCCGGGCCUCCAAUGGGGGAGCCACGAAAAUCCAUCCCGGCUCCAGUAAUUCUGGUGCCAGGCCAGGACGGGGUGCGAGGAAAAACGAGGUGCCAGCGUUCGAAAGCUUCCACCUAGUGAAGAUCCCGCUGAGUUUCGGGGAGCUACCCCGGGGAUCCAAGAUCAUCCGGGUGAAGCCGGGCAUCCCGGUUCCGGCGAACGCCAUCCCGGUGUCGAUUGCCGAAAUCUCGGAGGCCCGGCACGGCGCAGACACAACGCUGCAGCCCAAGCCAAAAGCCGCAAGUGGCCACGGCAGCAGCCCCAAGUGGAACGUCAGCUACGAGGCCCCCAGCGUGGAUGGCGUGACGUAUUUUGCCGCCGGCCCGCCCGAGGGCCCGGCGAAUUUUGCCCCCUCUUGUCCGGAGAGCCCGGCGUAUUUCACUGCCCCUGGCCCGGAGAGCCCGGCGUACUUCACGCCAGCCGCGGGCGGGGAGUGGGCAGGCACAGGCGCAACCGGAGCCAGGCUAGGCCCGGCCACGGACGCCAGCUCCGAGACUGUGGUGAGCUCGGAGAACAGGUUCCAGUACGCGCCGUAUUUCGAGCCCUACAUGCGCAAGCAGCUGGCGGCCGGCCCCCCCUGCGAGGGCUUGAAGGCCAAGGGAGUACCGGUGUUUCAGAGGAGCGACGCGGUGGCGGCCGCAAUCACGCCCACCACGUCCUACGAGUCCGAGUCGGCCACGGAGUAUUCGAGCGACAGCUCCAACAUCCAGAUCCAGCUCCCUGCAUGAGGCAGGAGGGGCUGCAAGUCCCUGCCAAAGCCGGCGGGCGUGCACGCCAUCCUUGCUGGGCCGAGGUCUUGGCGUGAAUUGGCGGGCGGUGGUCCACGGCUCGGAGCGGCGAAAGAAGUAUUGGAGGUAUAAGCAGAAGCAGCGGAGCCAGCCCAGCCCGCGGGAGAGCGUGAGUACAUACACAUCCCCGGAAUUAUAUAUAUAUAUAUAUAUGUCUAUAUAUAUGUAUCUAUAUGUGCAUAUAUGUCUAUAUAUGUACAGAAGUCGGCCAUGCC